AGGGAGGUGCUAAUAGAGGAGUUUCACUAAACUCUUACAGAGCAGCAGCACACUCCUCUUCAGCUCUUCUGUCGCUAAAACAUUGUCUACUUCUGUUGUGUUAGUUUUACAUGAGACCUUUUAAUCGUUAAAGACUGAUAUUAGAAACGGUUCUGUCAAAUCCUAAAGGAAAUGAUUGACACAUUUCUGUUCUUCUGUUUGUGCUCAUGGAGUCUGGCUGGAGUGUUUGGUGUUGAUGCAGUGCAGUCAGUGUCAGUGACGGAGGGAGAUUCUGUCUCUCUAAAUGUGACUGAUAUACAGACGAAUGAUGAGAUCGAGUGGAGGUUUGGAGGAAUCCUCAUUGCUGAUAUCAACAUAAAGAACAAUAAGAGCACAUUUUAUAAUGAUAGUGCUGAUGAGAGAUUGAGAGACAGACUGAAGCUGGAUCAGACUGGAUCUCUGAUCAUCACAGACACCAGCACCACAGACUCUGGACGUUAUACAGUCACCAGCAGCAGAAGAAAUACUCUGCUCAACACAUUCAGUCUUUCUGUCUUUGCUCAUCUGCCUGUUCCUGUCAUCACCAGAGACUCUUCACAAUGUUCUUCCUCCUCAUCAUCAUCAUCAUCAUCACAGCAGAAUUGUUCACUGUUGUGUUCAGUGGUGAAUGUGGGUCACGUGACUCUCUCCUGGUACAAAGGAAACAGUUUAUUGUCCAGCAUCAGUGUGUCUGAUCUCAGCAUCAGUUUCUCUCUACAUCUGGAGGUGGAAUAUCAGGAGAAAAACAGCUACAGCUGUGUGAUCAACAAUCCCAUCAGAAACCAGACCACACAUCUGGACAUCAGUGAACACUGUCAGCCAUGUCCAGCCUGUCACUGCUAUGGUUCUACUGAAGCUGUGAUCCGAUUGGCUCUCUCUGUUCUGGUGGGCGUGGCCAGUGUUGCUGUGCUGGUUUAUGAAUGCAGAUCCAGUCUUCAGCAGAAGAAGAGAGAAAAAACAUCAGCAUCAAACACAGAUUAAUUAAAUAUAGAUUUUAUUGAAUGACUGGGAUCAAUAAUCACGAAAAUUUAUUUGAGUAAUAAAGAGACAUUUUUUUCAAAUGUUAACUUUACUGUAGAAAGAUAGUUAAUGUACACAUUAGUGGUGUUUAUAUUACAUUUCACAAUCUUUGCAUUUACAUUUACUAAUUUCACAGACGCUUUUAUCCAAAGUGACUUACAAUUGAGGACAACAGAAGCAAUCAAAACCAAAAAAAGAGCAAUAAUAAGUUCUGUGAUAAGUCUCCUUUAGUCUAAUGCAGUAUUAGUAGCAAGGUUUUUAAAAAGAAUAAAAGAAAGCAAAUCAAGAGAAUAGAAAAAGAAUACUCAAGUGUUAGUGGGUCUUUUUAUAAUAAAUAAAAAUAAAAUAAGUAGGUAGGUAGAAUAGAAAUAGAAAUAGAAUGGAGAGUGUAUUAGAAGGUCAAGAAGAGAUGUUUUUGCCGUUUCUUGAAGAUAGCUCAGAUUGAGAUGGUCAUGAGUUAUAGUUCUAGUAAAAGAUUGUGAAAGUGAUUUUGUGCCUCUUUGUGAUGACACUUCAGUGCACUGUUCACUUGUGGAAUGCAAGCUUCUAGAGAGGACACAUAAGUCAAUAUAAAUAUAAAUAUAAAUUAUUUAAUGUUUCUGAAUGAGUGAAUAAUCCUAUUUCAGCUGACACCAUCAAAUUUGAACAUAAGCACUGAAACAGCUAACAAUAAAUAAAUAAAUU